AUGACGGUCAUGCAUCUACCGAAGACCGCAGGUGGCUUCGCGCUUCCGCACUCGCCUCCCCGCCAUUCGCGCCGCGCGUUGCUCCGCCAUCGGCGGCAGCGAUGCAUGGUUCUGCUGGUGGUCGCGUGCGUGCUCGUCGUCAUGCUGCUCUUCGUCUCGCUCCACCUGCCGUCAGUAGAUUCGCUCUUGCCACGUGGCAAGCAGGCUACUCCUUCGCCCGUGGCCCCUCAAUCCGCACAGAAAGCUAACAGCGUCGCAAACAACGGCUCACAGCCAUCCAUCCGCGUGGCCCUCGCCACUCUCCGCGCCGAUCCGGCGUGGCAGCAGCUGCUGGAUCCCGACUCCGCGGUGCGCCAGCUCAGCGACCAGAUCAGCCUGGGGAAGGCGUAUCUGACGCGCGCGCGGGAUGCGGGGGAGAGGGAGUUGGGCGACGAGAUGGAACGGGGCGUGCGAGCCGCAGAGGCCUUUCUAGCGCGCUCCAUUGCUAUCCCCAGCCAAGCAGUGUACAAGCAGGAGGCGCGGGCGCACAUAGCAAACAUGAGCGCGCUCAUUCUUCAGGCCAAGGAGAUGCACUAUGACAUAGCGGCGGCAAUGGCAGCGCUGAAGGAGAAAGUGGCCAAGGCAGAAGAGAAGGCCUCCAAGGCAUCAGCGCAGGCCACUCUCGCCUCUCAGGUGGUAUCAGAGUCGAUGCCCAAGCCCAUGACGUGUCUGUACAUGCGGCUGGCCAGGGAGUGGGCUCUAGAGCACUCCUCUACGGCCCAUGGCGGGAUGGACGAGGCCACUCACCCCUUCCAAAUACACCACGGCCUGUCCCCAGGCGCCCCCAACAGCUCUCGUCUGGUGGACACCUCGCUGCAGCACGCGUGUAUCUUCAGUGACAACGUGCUGGCCGUGUCUGCUGCCCUCAACUCCACCGUGCUCUCCUCCCAUGACCCCUCGCGUCUAGUCUUCCACAUCGUCACCGACGCCACCUCCUUCCCUGCCUUCGUGGUGUGGUUUUCCCGCCACCCACCCGGCUCGGCAUCACUAGAGGUUCGGCGGGUGGAGGGCGAGAGCGGGUGGCUGAACGCGUCUUUUGCGCCCGUGCUGAGGCAGAUGCAGGACGCCCACGCCAAGAGUUUCUACUUCUCCACUGCUGCUGCCGGCGAGGGCAGCGACCCCAUAAAGUUCCGCAACCCCAAGUACAUGUCGCUGCUGAACCACCUGCGCUUCUACCUGCCGCUCCUCUUCCCCGCGCUGCACCGCAUCCUCUUCCUCGACGACGACGUCAUCGUGCAGAGGGACCUCUCUGAUCUUUAUUCCCUCGACAUGAAUGGUGCUGUGAACGGAGCAGUGGAGACGUGCAAGGGGUCGUUCCACCGCUUCCACCGCUACCUCAACUUCUCCGACACGCGGCUGAGAGGGCGCUUUGACCCCGAGGGGUGUGCGUGGGCGUACGGCAUGAACGUGUUCGACCUGGACGGGUGGCGUCGGGCCAAUGUGACUGCCACUUACCACUACUGGCAGGAGCAGGUUUUUUCAGUGGGGUAUGGCAUGAACCUGUUUGACCUGAACCUGUUUGACCUGAACCGUUGGCGGCACACCAAUGUGACUACAACGUAG